AUGGAGGUAGAAGACGUUUCAAGGGCUGAAGACAGAGCUGAGUGUCCAGGUUCCAAAACUGAAGGCCAGCCUGAUGUUGCUCAGCCUGACUUCCCACAUGGAAGGCAAUCUCCUGGUCCCACUGCUCUCUGGGAGAUGCUAGAAAGGAAAUUUCUGGAAUACCAGAAGUUGGCUCAUGGGAGCCCGGCUGAACAUCAGCAGAGCCUGUUGAAUCUCCUCCCACUGUUCCUGAAGGCCUGGGAAAACUCUGUGGGGAUCAUCUGCUUUCCCAGUCUCCAAAGGCUGGCAGAAGAUACUUCUAACCAGCUUGCCCAAGAGAUACAGAAGGCACUUGUGGGAAAGCCAGCAGAGCAAGCGAGGGAGGCAGCUGGACAGUUGCUGCGGUGGAAGGGGGAUGUGGAUCAGGAUGGCUACCUGCUCCUGAAGUCAGUAUUUGUGCUCACGGGGACAAACUCGGAGACCCUGGGCAGAAUUGCCGAGUCUGGCCUUCCAGCCCUGCUCCUGCAGUGCCUUUACCUCUUCUUUGUCUUUCCUCUGGAAAAGGAUGAGCUUUUUGAGAGUGAUGUUCAAGUUCAGAGGAUGUUUGUACAGAUGUUGCUGAACAUUUGCAGUGAGUCUCAGGGACUGGAGAGACUUCUAUCAGGAAAUGAGCUCCAAUCUCUAGUGAUUGCCACUACCUGUCUUCGGGAACACAGCUGCUGUUUUUGGAAGGAGCCCACCUUCUGUGUGCUGAGGGCAAUCUCCAAAGCCCAGAACCUCGGCAUCAUCCAGUACCUGCAAGCCAUGGACUGCAUCAAGCUCUCCCUUCAGAACCUCUCCAAGCUUGUGGACAGCCUCCCUGUUCCCGAGGUGAGCGAGGCAGUGAACCUCAUCUUGGCCUUUGUGAAGGACUCCUACCCCAUCUCCUCGGCUCUGUUCCUAGACUUUGAGAAUGGGGAGGGCUACCCUCUGCUCCUCAAAGUGUUACUUCGGUACGAUGGGCUGACGCAGAGCGAAGUGGACCCCCACCUGGAGGAGCUCCUUGACCUGGUGAUAUGGCUGACAACCUGUGGGAGGUCAGAGCUGAAGGUGUUUGACAGUGUCACGUACCCUCAGCUGGAAGGCUUCAAGUUCCAUCACGAGGCUUCUGGGGUGACCAUUAAGAAUCUUCAGGCCUUCCAAGUCCUACAGAAUGUUUUCCACAAAGCCAGCAACCCCGUCCUCUGCACCAAAGUCCUGGCAGCCAUCAGGACCAUGUGGGCCUGGAAUGCCCGCAACUUCUUCCUGCUGGAGUGGACCCUGCAGCCCAUCUCGCAGUUUGUGGAGAUCGUGCCCCUGAAGGCAGCCCCAGUGCAGAAGCACUUCUUCCAGCUGCUGGAGGCCCUGGUGUUCGAGCUGCAUUAUGUGCCCCACGAGAUCCUGCGGAAGGUGCAGUGCCUGAUCAAGGAGAGCCCUGAGUCGCCCUGCACCCUUGUGGCCCUGCAGAGUGUCCUCAAGAUAGUCGGCAGGGACCUCCUCUUCACUGACAUCUUCCGGGACUCCGGUCUCCUGGGCCUGCUGCUGGCCCAGUUGCGGAAGCGGGCCAAGAUCCUGAGGAAGUCAGGAAACAAAGACUCCACGCUUGGUGUUCAGGAUACAGAGAGAGAAUUGACCUGCGUGAUGCUGAGAACCGUAGUCACACUUCUGAGAGGCUCAGUACGGAAUGCAGUUGUCCUGAAAGACCACGGCAUGGUGCCCUUCAUCAAGAUCUUCCUGGAUGAUGAGUGGUACCGGGAAGCCUCACUCAGCAUCUUGGAGCAGCUCUCAGUCAUCAACGCCGAGGAGUACAUGAGCAUCAUUGUGGGCGCUUUGUGCUCAUCCACUCAAGGGGAGCUGCAGCUGAAACUGGAUCUUCUGCAGUCUCUGCUCAGGAUCCUGGAGACCCCCAAAGGCCGUGCUGCUUUCAGAGUGUCCAGUGGCUUCAAUGGACUCCUGUCUCUGCUCUCUGACCUGGAGGGGUCUCUCCAGGAGCCCCCUCUGCAGACGUGGGGGAUGGUGUCCCCCAGCCAAACCCUGGACCUUGUCCUGCACACCCUCCGUGCCUUGUCUGCGGCGUUGCACCUGGACCCCGUCAAUGGUGACUUCUUCAAGAGGAACGGGCUUUUUGAGAAGCUGGCUGAGGACCUCUGUUUGCUGGGCUGUUUUGGAGCCCAGGAGGAAGAGGGAGCCCCUCUGCACUCCGGGGAGGACACAAAGGCCAGGCCAUUUGCUGAUUUGCUGAGUGUGGCCUUUACAUCUGCCAGCUCACUCCCACCCAAGAUACAGAGCUGCCUCCAGAUCCUCAGCUUUCUGGACAGCAUGGCCAGUGGCACCCUUCACCUACGCAGAGACCUGAAGGAGUCCCCGAGGGCUGGGCAGGACCCAGUUGUGAAUGCCCAGAAGGAAGACGCUGGCAGGGACCCCCAAGGAAACUUCAAGCAGUGGCCAGACCUGGAGGAGAGGGUGGAUGAAGGGGAUGCUGUGAUCAUGCACCCCGGGGCCCUGUGCAUCAUGGUGAGACUGCUGCCUCGGUUGUACCAUGCAGACCACCCCCAGCUUUCCCAGGAGAUCCAGUGCUCUGUGGCCAGUCACAUCCAGUCCCUGGUGAAGUCAGAGAAGAACCGUCAGGUCAUGUGUGAGGCGGGGAUGCUUAGGACCCUCAUGGCCUCCUGCCACAGGGCCCUGACCACCAGCCCCAGCCCCUUGAACUCGGGCCUCAUCAGGGUUUUUGAAAAGCUUGCCUCCCAAGCCAUCGAACCUGACGUGUUAAGACAGUUUCUCGGUCUUGGAAUUCGUUCACCUCCGUCGGCUGCAACGAAAAUCCUCCAUUCAUCUUGUGUGCACAGAGGGGACUCUGGAGGCUCAGGGUCUCAGGCUGCCGCAGCAGGGACAGCUGAGGGUCCCGCGGGAGCAGCCCUGGAUGCUGGCCCCGGCCCAGCAGCCACACGGGCCCUCAGGCCCUCGGGGACGUCCCAGGACUCAACCACCGCCCUUCAGACCUCGCUGAGCCUCAUCUCCAUGACCUCCCCGCGCCACCUGCAACCUCAGAGGGCAGUCCUGGCUCCAUCGUUUGUGGAAUUUGACAUGUCCAUGGAAGGUUAUGGCUGUUUGUUUAUUCCGACCCUGGCUAUAGUUAUGGGCAGCAGUACAGAGUAUCUGGUCUCUGGAGGGAUUGGGACAGGUGCUGCCAGGUCAUUCCCUCCAUCUGGGGGCCUGACCUUCUCCUGCUGGUUCCUGAUCGGCAGGCACAGCACAGUCAUUGAGGGCCACCCACUGCGCUUCCUAACCCUGGUGCGUCACUUGGCCAGGACUGAGCAGCCCUUCGUCUGCUUCUCUGUCAGCCUGUGCCCGGACGACCUCUCCUUGGUUGUGUCUACAGAAGAGAAAGCAUUUCAGCCCCUGGACGUCAUGGAACCCGAGGAUGAUCCUGAACCUUCUGCCGGACGCCAGGUUCGGGUCAAGUGUGGCCAGCUGCUGGACUGUGGUCAGUGGCACCACCUGGCUGUGGUUGUCACCAAGGAAAUGAAAAGGAAUUGCACCAUUUCCACCUAUCUGGAUGGACAGAUCACCAGCUCAGCCAAGAUGUUGUAUAUUCAGGCCUUACCAGGGCCUUUCCUUUCAAUGGAUCCAUCUUCAUUUGUGGAUGUUUAUGGAUAUAUUGCUACCCCUCAAGUUUGGAAACAAAAGUCGUCAUUAAUAUGGCGUCUUGGCCCUACAUACCUCUUUGAAGAAGCCAUCUCAGUGGACACUCUGGAAGUUAUUAACAAACUUGGCCCAAGAUACUGUGGUAACUUCCAAGCUGUGCAUGCUCAAGGAGUGGACACUGAUAUAGAAGUGAUGCCCCUGGUUGCAGAGGAAAGGGUUUCCUUUGGCCUUCACCUAGCCAGCUCCUCCAUCACCAGCGUUACAGACAUCAGAAACACUUACAGUGAGGUGGACAGCCGCCUGAUUGCCAAAGAGAUGAACAUUUCAUCCCGUGACAAUGCCAUGCCUGUGUUCUUGCUAAGAAAUUGUGCUGGCCACUUCUCGGGUUCUCUUCGAACCGUGGGAGCUGUGGCUGUGGGCCAUUUAGGCAUAAGGGUGUUCCACUCCAUCCCAGCAGCCAGCAGCCUGGACUUCAUUGGCGGGCCAGCCAUCCUCCUGGGCCUCGUUUCCUUAGCGACAGAUGACCACACUAUGUAUGCAGCUGUGAAAGUCUUGCACUCUGUCCUGACCAGCAAUGUCAUGUGUGAUCACCUGAUGCAGCACAUCUAUGGGUACCAGAUAAUGGCUUUUCUCCUGAGGAAAAAGACCUCUCUCCUAAACCAUCGAAUUUUUCAGCUCAUCCUCUCGAUUGCUGGCACUGCAGAACUAGGCUUCGGGUCAUCUGCUGUCACCAACGUUGGCGUCUUUCAACACAUCCUCUGCAAUUUUGAGCUCUGGAUGAAUACUGCGGACAACCUGGAGCACUCCCUCUUUUCCCACCUUGUGGAAAUCCUUCGAUCACCAAGGGAAGGACCCCGGAAUGCUGAAGUUGCUCACCAGGCACAGCUUAUACCCAAGCUCGUCUUCCUCUUCAAUGAGCCGGGCCUCACCUUCUCCAAGAUCCCCACCAUCAUUGCCAUCCUGGGCUGUCAGCUGAGGGGCCACUUCAGCAUCCAGGACUUGCUCAGAAUCGGGCUGUUUGUUGUGUACACCCUCAAGCCUUCUUCGGUGAACGAGAGGCAGAUCUGCAUGGAUGGGGACCUGGACUCCUCAGUGCCUGCUGGAAGCCAAACAUCUGGAAAGACAAUCUGGCUCAGAAACCAGUUGCUGGAGAUGCUGUUCAGCGUAAUAUCUUCCUCCCAACUUCAUCUGUCCUCUGAGAUAAAGGAAGAGAUGUUUCUGAACCUGGGGCCUGACUGGUUCCUGCUCCUCGUGCAGGGCCACGUGCAUCCCAGCACAACUGUGUUGGGGUUGAAACUGCUGCUGCACUUUUUGGCGAGCCCCUCCCUCCGCGGGAAAUUUAAAGAUGGUCUGUGUGCGGGAUCCUGGGUGGAGCGCAGCUCUGAGGGCGUGGACAUUAUGAUAGAUAACCUGAAGAGCCAGUCCCCCAUGCCUGACCAGAGCCCCUGCCUGCUUCCUGGGUUCCGCGUCUUGAAGGACUUUCUGGGCCACCAUGUGCAUAUUCCGGAAGUCUACCUCAUUGUGUCCACCUUCUUCCUGCAGACGCCACUUACAGAGCUGAUGGAUAGACCCAAAGAGAGCCUGGAUACCAUGCUCCAGUGGCUCCUGCAGAAGCACCACAGUGAAGAAGUCCUCCGGGCUGGGCUGUGCACUGAAGGUGCCCUGCUGCUUCUGGAAAUGCUGAAAGCCACCAUGAACCAGCCCUCAGGAAGCUCUGGAGAUGACACCUGGGAACGGACUUUCCCGGCCAGUGUGCUGCAGUUCCUUGGCCUUGUGCACAGCACCUACCCCCAGGAUCCUGCCUGGCGGGCCCCGGAGUUCCUCCAGAUGUUGGCUGCAGUCACCUUCCCUCUGGGAACCCACAAGGAGCCCAUGACUCAGCUUGCCCAGAAUGCCAGCAGCCCUGGGACUGAAGCCGAAGGCAACGGCAUCACAGAGGGUCUACAGGCUCCUGUCCAGUCACAUCCUACCCAGAAGGAGCUGAGGGAGUUCAUGCAACUACUCUUGAGGGAGUUCUUGCUGGUAGCCUCCAACCCCAAACAGUGGCUGCCACUGGAAGUGCUCCUGGAGGCUUCUCCAGACAAUGCCACCAGCCAACAGAAGCGAGACUUCCAGUCUGAGAUCCUGCUUUCCACCAUGGAAAUAUUUCACACGCUGAGUGGAGGCAACGUGCCCAUGCUCAGAGGCAGUAAAGAGCCUCAGCCAAAUGCAGAAGCUGCUGCUCCUUCACUCGCAAACAUCUCCCACUUCACCCAGAAGCUGGUGGAGAAACUGUACAGUGGGAUGUUCUCGGCAGACCCCAGACACAUUCUUCUCUUCAUCACAGACCACAUCGUGGUGGUCAUCGAGAAUGCCUCUUCUCAAAGGGAUACUAUCAUCAGUGCUUUAUACAGCAGUUUAAAUAAAGUCAUUCUUUACUGCCUGUCCAAGCCCCAGCAAUCCCUCUCCGAGUGCCUCAGUCUUCUCAGCAUCUUGGGCUUCCUACAGGAACACUGGGACAUUAUCUUUGCUACCUAUAACUCCAACGUCAGCUUCCUCCUGUGUCUCAUGCAUUGCUUUUUGCUGCUCAGUGAGAGAAGUUAUCCGGAAGGAUUUGGAUUGGAACCCAAGCCUAGAAUGACUCCUUAUCAUCAAGUCUUUCUUUCUCCAAAUGAAGAAGGGAGAGAAAAAGGAGAGGAAGACUUCCCAAGUUUGAGUGAUGUCCAGCACAACAUCCAAAAGACGGUGCGGACCCUCUGGCAGCAGCUCAUGGCACAGAGGCGGCAGGAGCUGGAGGACACUUUCAAGAUUGAUCUCUCUGUGAAACCUGGAGAGAGUGAAGUGAAGAUUGAAGAGAUUACCCCACUCUGGGAGGAGACGAUGCUCAAGGCCUGGCAGCAUUACUUAGCAUCUGAGAAGAAGUCGCUGACCAGUCGCUCGACUGUGGGACACCACAGCAAAGUGUCUUCAUGGAGUGGCAGCUUGUCUUCAGCCAUGAGGCUGAUGCCCGGGCGGCAGGCCAAGGACCCUGAGUGCAAGACAGAGGAUUUUGUGUCAUGUAUUGAGAACUACAGAAGAAGAGGGCAGGAACUAUAUGCAUCUUUAUACAAAGAUCAUGUGCAGAGACAGAGAUGUGACAACAUCAAGGCAGCCAACGCCUGGGCCAGGAUUCAGGAGCAGCUUUUUGGGGAGCUGGGCUUGUGGGGCCGAACGGCAGAAGCCACACUUUGCUCCAGGUGGGAACUGGACUGGAGAGAAGGACCAGCUCGCAUGAGGAAACGCAUCAGACGCUUGUCUCCACUGGAGACCCUAAGUCCAGAAAGGCUCAAGGAAAACCAAGACAGAAAUGGCAAUGUUUCAGAAACAGAUGUUGAAAAGCAAGAUGAGCUGACACCAAAGGAAGCCGAGAGCGGGAGAGAGGAGGUGGCAGUGGACUGCACCCAGCUGACCUUCUUCCCUGCCUUACAUGAAAGUCUGCACUCUGAAGAUUUCUUGGAACUGUGUCGGGAAAGACAAGUUAUUUUACAAGAGCUCCUUGAUCAUGAAAAGGUGACACAGAAGUACUCCCUGGUGAUCGUGCAGGGCCAUCUGGUCUCCGAAGGGGUCCUGCUCUUCGGCCACCAGCACUUCUACAUCUGCGAGAACUUCACACUCUCUUCUGUGGGGGAUGUCUACUGUACCCGCCAUUGCUUAUCCAACAUCAGUGAUCCAUUCAUCUUCAACAUGUGCAGCAAAGACAGGUCCUCUGACCAUUACUCGUGCCAGAGCCACGGCUACAGGGACCUCAGGGAGCUCCGGCAGGCACGCUUCCUGCUACAGGACAUCGCUCUGGAGCUCUUUUUCCAAAAUGGAUAUUCCAAGUUUCUUGUCUUUCACAACAAUGAUCGGAAUAAGGUCUUCAAAAGCUUCUGCUCUUUCCAACCCAGCUUGAAGGGGAAAGGCAUCACAGAGGACCCCCUCACUCUAAGGAGAUACCCUGGCUUCGACAGGACCAUGCUGCAGAGGUGGCAGAAAAGGGACAUCAGCAAUUUUGAGUAUCUCAUGCACCUCAACACUGCGGCUGGGAGGACCUACAAUGACUAUAUGCAGUAUCCAGUGUUUCCCUGGGUCCUGGCCGACUACACCUCACAGACAUUGAACUUGACGAAUCCCAAGACUUUCCGCGAUCUCUCAAAGCCUAUGGGGGCUCAGACCAAGGAAAGAAAGCUGAAAUUCAUCCAGAGGUUUAAAGAAGUUGAGAAGACUGAAGGAGACAUGACUGUCCAGUGUCACUACUGUACUCACUAUUCCUCGGCCAUCAUUGUCGCCUCCUACCUGGUCCGGAUGCCACCCUAUACCCAGGCCUUCUGCUCUCUGCAGGGCGGAAGCUUUGAUGUGGCAGACAGAAUGUUCCACAGUGUGAAGAAUGCAUGGGAGUCGGCCUCCAGAGAGAACAUGAGUGACGUCAGGGAGCUGACUCCAGAGUUCUUCUACCUGCCUGAGUUUCUCACCAACUGUAAUGCCGUGGAGUUCGGCUGCAUGCAGGAUGGGACUGCACUGGGAGACGUGCAACUCCCUCUCUGGGCUGAUGGGGACCCUCGGAAAUUCAUCAGCCUGCACAGACAGGCUCUGGAAAGUGACUUUGUCAGUGCCAACCUCCACCACUGGAUAGACCUCAUUUUUGGGUACAAGCAGCAGGGAUCAGCUGCGGUGGAAGCUGUUAAUACCUUCCACCCCUACUUCUACGGUGACAAAAUGGACCUCAGCAGCAUCAGUGACCCCUUGAUCAGGAGCACCAUCCUGGGGUUUGUCAGCAACUUUGGACAGGUGCCCAAACAGCUCUUUACGAAACCCCACCCAGCCAGGACCUCCGUCGGCAAGCCUUCACCUGGAAAGGAUGCUGUCCUGCCUGGGAGCCUGCCCAGCCACCCACAGCCCUUCUUCUACAACCUGCAUGCACUGAGGCCCUCCCAGGUCACAGUCAAAGAUAUGUACCUUUUCUCUCUAGGCUCCGAAUCGCCCAAAGGAGCCAUUGGCCACAUCGUCCCUACUGAGAAGAGCAUCCUGGCCGUGGAGAAGAACAAGGUGCUGCUGCCUCCUCUCUGGAACAGGACCUUCAGCUGGGGCUUUGAUGACUUCAGCUGCUGCCUGGGGAACUAUGGCUCCGACAAGAUCCUAAUGACUUUCGAGAACCUGGCUGCCUGGGGCCGCUGUCUGUGUACUGUGUGCCCCGCCCCCACAACGAUCAUCACCUCUGGGACCAGCGCGGUGGUGUGUGUGUGGGAGCUCAGCAUAGCCAAAGGCUGCCCAAGAAGCCUGCACCUCAAGCAGGCCCUGUAUGGACACACGCAGGCUGUCACGUGCCUGGCAGCAUCGGUCCCUUUCAGCCUCCUGGUGAGUGGCUCCCAAGACUGCACCUGCAUCCUGUGGGACCUGGACCAACUCACCCACGUGGCCCGCCUGCCUACCCACCGAGAAGGCAUCUCUGCUCUCGCCAUCAGUAACAUCUCAGGCACCAUUGUCUCCUGUGCGGGAGCCCACUUGUCUCUAUGGAACGUCAAUGGACAACCCCUGGCCAGCAUCGCCACUGCCUGGGGCCCUGAAGGAGCCAUAACCUGCUGCUGCAUGUUGGAGGGGCCAGCAUGGGACACAAACCAUGUCAUCAUCACUGGGAGUCAAGACGGCAUGGUUCGGAUUUGGAGGACUGAGGACAUGAAGACAUCUGUUCCUGGGCUGGCAGCACCAGAGGAGACCUCAGCCCCACCUCCAAGCCCUAGAGGUCACAGGUGGGAGAAGAAUCUUGCCCUGUGUCGAGAGCUGGAUGUCAGCCUUGCUUUGACUGGGAAGCCCAGCAAGACCAGCCCUGCGGUGACAGCUCUGGCCGUGUCCAGAAACCAGACCAGACUCCUGGUCGGUGAUGAGAAAGGGAGAAUAUUCUGCUGGUCUGCAGAAGGGUAGGAAGAAAGAGACGGUGGAAGUCUGGCCGAGCAGCAUGUGUCCUGAGCUGCAGCAGCACCCCGCAAAUGUGGACUGACCCAGUGCCUGGGGCUCAGGAGAGUCUCCCCCGAGGAAGGGGCCGCUGGCCAUCAGAGCUGCACACCCUGAACCACUCCACGGCCCGUGGGACUUUCACCUUGGAUUGUCCAAGGACGCACUCUAUAAAAAGGAAAGCACCCUGGGAGCCUGGGAGUGGCGAUCUGGAAACCGUGACUUGCUCACAGGCUGACCACGAACUCGCGGGACUCACCUUUUCAGAGGGCUGAUUAUGUGGGGAAAAAAAUUGGGUCGCUUACUAGAAACUAAUGGGAAAUAUUGGAUUGUCUUUAUUUUAUUAAAACAACUAUUUUCCA